AUGAAAUACAAUGACAUUUUACAGUCUAUUGGUCGAACGCCUCAUAUCAAACUCAAUCGAUUAUUUGGGCAAGACCAUUCUAUUUAUAUCAAAUUAGAAAAAGCCAACCCUGGGGGCAGCAUCAAAGACCGUAUAGCUUUGGCAAUGAUAGAAGAAGCCGAAUCUAACGGACUUUUAAAUCCCUCUAGCGUCAUAUCGAACCUACGAAUUGGAUUGGCCAUGGUAGCAGCCGUAAAAGGUUAUAAACUUAUAUUGGUAAUGCCCGAAUCUAUGAGCAUUGAACGACGCAAAAUCAUGGAAACCUAUGGUGCUGAAUUUGUUCUUACGCCUAGAGAAUUGGGUAUGAAAGGCGCCAUUGCCAAAGCCGCCGAAUUGGUUUUGGAAACACCCCAUGCGUGGUCACCCCAACAAUUUGAUAAUUUGGCCAAUGUUCGAAUUCACGAAACCACCACCGCUCAAGAAAUAUUGGAAGAUUUUCCCAAUGGUUUGGAUUAUAUCAUUACA